AUGGAUUUGAAUACUUUUUGCCGAGAACUUCCUAAAAUAGAAUUACAUGCCCACCUAAAUGGUUCUCUGAGCCGUUCUACGAUGCUCCAGCUUCAACGCUAUCUUGCAGAUUUUGGCGUUUCGGAUAAGUCGAACGCCUUUUUAGAUGAAUUUCAAAUUGGUUCAGGAGAUAGACGUAAUUUAUCAGAUUGCUUCCAAGUGUUCAAUAUUGCACAUUCAUUAACAAGCACUCAAGACACAUUGGCCAUGGCAACAGCACUGACACUAAAAGAGUUUGAAGAUGAUGGCUGCUGUUAUAUAGAACUUCGAAGCACACCACGUGACACACCACAUAUGACCAGCAGACAAUACAUUGAAACUCUUAUUGAGACUUUAAACACAGCAAAUACAAAUUUAUCAAUAAUUUCAUGCCUUAUAAUAUCUAUAAACCGAGGUCGUUUACCAUCUGAAGGAGAUGGAAUAGCAGAUUUGGCUAUUGAAUAUCACAAGAAGUAUCCUAAUUUAGUGGUUGGCAUAGAACUUAGUGGCAAUCCAACAGUUGGCAAAUUCCAAGAUUUUGUUCCAGCCUUACAAAGAGCAAGAGAAGCUGGUUUAAAAGUAACUUUGCACUGUGGAGAAAUAAGUAAUCCAGAAGAAGUUUCUGACAUGUUAAUGUUUAAAGCAGAUAGGAUAGGUCAUGGAAUAUGUAUCCAUCCUAAUUAUGGAGGGAAUGAAAGUACUUGGAAUCUUUUAUGCAAUUACCAAAUACCAGUUGAGGUUUGUCUUACUAGUAAUAUAAAUACUAAAUCUAUUCUUCAAUAUAGUUCUCAUCAUUUUAAAGAACUGUAUGGUGCUAAUAUUCCUAUUAUCUUAUGUACUGAUGACAAAGGGGUCUUUGCCACAUCUCUGUCCCAAGAAUAUUCAAUAUGUGCUGAAACAUUUGGCCUUGAUGCUUCAAAACUAGCAAGAUUAAGUCUUAAAGCCUGUGACUACAUAUUUAUGACAGACAAGCGCAAAAUACUACGAGAAAAAAUUCUUAAUUUCAUAAAUAAAAAUGAAUUAUAA